CUCUCAUCUCCUCUGUGUUUGUUUUUGUCUCCAAGCUGUAACAUUUUCUGGGACAGAGAGUAAGAAAUGGAAUCAGACCCCAACCCAGUCAUUGGGUCUCUCACCACCCCGUUCCUCCCACACUCACACUCUCAUUUCAAAUUUGAAUACUGUUUUUAUUAUUCACCCUCUUUUGGGUCCCUAUGCUCAGCUCUCUUCGCGCCCGCGUCUCUCUCGCCCUCUCUUUGACCACCUCGGUCACACCCCAUCUCCCACCUUGACCACCAACCCCCAUUUUUAACCACAUCCUUUUUCUCUUUGAACUUUUACCAAACACUUCAUCUGCAAUUUUUCAACCAUGGACAAACCAGCCAAUACCGUCGAAACCCAUGACAGUGAAUCUGUCAUCAGCAGCCUCCAAGAUCUUAGCUUCAAAAACAGUUUCAGUAUCAGCAUGUGUAGCAGCACCGUUUCUGUGUCUGAUAACAGCGUGAGUAGCAGCACCAAGGUCAGCAAUGGGACUCAGGAAGCUAACAAGAACUCUGAAAAUGCCGAGUCCUCCAUCGUAGAUUGCGAAGACGAUAGUGACAAAAGCACUCUAUGCCAGGCCGGUAAUUCCAGCAGGUUCGAUCCGAAUGAGGGCAGUUUUCGGAGCUUUUGCCCAUCGAAGCCGCACAAAGGCAACGACAUGCGAUGGGAUGCGAUACAAUGCGUGAAAGCCAAAGAUGGGGACUUGGGUCUGGGCCAUUUCAGGCUUCUGAAAAAGCUCGGCUGUGGGGAUAUAGGAAGCGUGUACUUGGCUGAGUUGAGAGGGCUUGGUUGCCUUUUCGCCAUGAAGGUAAUGGACAGAGGCAUGUUGGCUGGGAGGAAGAAGCUGAUAAGAGCUCAGACUGAGAGAGACAUACUGGGUUUGUUGGACCAUCCAUUUCUUCCAACCCUCUAUUCGAAUUUUGAGACGGAGAAGUUUUCUUGCUUGUUAAUGGAGUUUUGCUGUGGUGGGGAUCUUCAUACGCUUCGACAGCGCCAGCCGGGGAAGCAUUUUACUGAACAAGCUGCGAGGUUUUAUGCUUCAGAAGUGCUUCUUGCACUUGAGUAUCUUCACAUGAUGGGAGUGGUGUACCGGGACCUAAAACCCGAAAAUGUGCUGGUGAGGCAGGAUGGCCAUAUCAUGCUCUCUGAUUUUGAUUUAUCAUUAAGAUGUUAUGUGAAUCCUACUCUUGUUCAGUCUAGUGAUGAGCCGUCUUGUAGAAUCUCUUCAUACUGUAUUCAGCCAUCAUGUAUUUUGGAUCCAGCCUGCAAAUUACCAGUUUGUGUUCAGCCUUCCUGCUUGCAACCAUCUUGCUUUAAGCCUCGCUUUCUAAGAUCCAAAUCAACCAAGGAGAAAAGUGAAAGAUCAACUUCGGGAAAUUCAGAUUCAUUGCCUGUACUUAUUGCUGAGCCAACUAAUGCCCGCUCUAUGUCAUUCGUCGGAACACAUGAAUAUUUAGCUCCUGAAAUAAUAAGAGGCGAUGGCCAUGGUAGUGCUGUUGAUUGGUGGACAUUUGGUAUUUUCUUGUAUGAGCUGCUGCAUGGGAGGACACCAUUCAAAGGCAAUGGAAACCGGGAGACGCUAUUCAACGUGGUUGGUCAGUCUCUCAAGUUUCCAGAUGGGUCUAAUGCCAGUUUUGCUGCUAAAGAUUUGAUCAGGGGCCUGCUUGUAAAGAACCCACAGAAGAGACUGGGAUUUAAAAGAGGUGCUACAGAAAUUAAACAGCACCCCUUCUUUGCAAAUGUUAAUUGGGCUCUCAUACGCAGCACACACCCUCCAGAGAUCCCAAAACCAUUUGAUCUUGCUGUUCUAAAUCACACAUUCAAGUCUGCAGUGCCUCAAAAUGACAAGGGAGCUACUGACUCAAACCGGUCGUCAGGUCCAUAUUUAGAUUUUGAAUUUUUCUGAUGAAUUUUGAUGGAAAAGGAAACGAUUUCUAGCAAUCAGUCUUGUGACGUUCUUGGCGCUUACUCAUGUUCUCAAUGAAUCUUUUCUUCACAUGAUUAUUUCAUU